AUGGAGAGCAUCUACUCUGACAUCGACAGCUCUAGCUGCGACUACUCCUACUCGCACACGGAUGAUGAGGACUCCCGCAGCAGCAUCCAAGCCGCAUCCCCCGCCUGCUCCGUGGGCUCGCCAUCCGGCUGCCAGCAGAAGAAGAGGCGAAGGGGGCGUGCGAGGAACGAAGCCACAGUGCAUGUGGUCAAGAAGAACCGGCGCGUGAAGGCGAACGACCGCGAGAGGAACAGAAUGCACAACCUGAACGACGCCCUGGACACUCUCCGCGGCGUGCUGCCCGCCUUCCCCGACGACACCAAGCUCACGAAGAUCGAGACUCUGCGCUUUGCCCACAACUACAUCUGGGCUCUGUCCGAGACCAUAAGGAUUGCAGACCAGCGACCCAACAAGUCCAUGGAUCCUUCCGCGCUCCUGCUGUCGUCUCUGGCUUCUUGCAUGGCCGAUGCGCCCAGCCCAGGGAGCGAUGCUUGCUCCUGGUCGUCCGGUGCCUCCUCCUCGUCCUCUCCGUCUUAUUGCACUUCCAACCCCGGCAGUCCGGCAUCCCCGGAUGAUUGCGGAUACUUGCAGACUGAUGUGGCUUACAGCUACCACAACUUCAUGCCCAGCAUCUACUAA